UCUCUCGGCGUUUCCAAAAUAAAUAAAUAAAUAAAUCUGCACGCAAAGCAAGAAGAUUUCUGCAUUUGAUUCGGCCCGAAUUUUCAACUGAUGCUGUCCGGAACACCACAAACUCGGACGAUGUAGUCGAACAGACCUGAGGCCGUUUUGCAGGCGACAAUGGACAAGUUCCGGAGGUGAAAAAAGAGCUCUCUCGGCUGACCACAGGAGUCGCACCCAGGGCCGAAAAGAUGGACAGGCACCCUGAGAUGGUUUUGCGGACGCAGGCCCGGCUGGAUGGCAAGUGGCUCAAGGCCGACCUGCAGUCGUGUCUGCAGGAUAACGCCCUGCCCAUGCUGUGGAAUGAGAUGCUCAAGGACGGCGAACUGUCGGCUACGUCCAGCGAUUGCCUCAUCAACUCAGUCGGCGCCAAUUCAAGAAAGGGCGAGAGCGGCCACUACUACUGUGGCAUGAAAGUUCUCUCUUGUGCCUGCUGCGACGGAAUUUGCGGACCCCAACUGGGCUGCAACUGCUCGCCGUGCCAGAAAUUGGACGAGGACGAAAUGAGGAGGUUAAAAUUGAACCCUGACGAGAAGCAGCCCUUGCCCUUCAAGCAGCAGAUCAACAGCUGGACCUGGGGACCUCAGCCUAACUCGAAACAACUGAAAUCUUGCCUUGCGUCCCUCUUCAAGGAGCAGCGGGGCCUGGUGUCAAUUGCAGCUGGCAGCACCUUGUCCGCAACAAGACUGAAACAGAGACUCAUGGUCGCCCAACGCUACUUCACAGCGCUCAACAGACACCAGGGCCAGGUCGCGGGUCACUCUUUGCGAACAAAUUCCAGUGGCAGCGGCAAGGAAUUUGCCAAAAUGACUGAGAAAGCAACUGUUGGACUAGCUAGGAUAGGGUCAAGAGCCGCCUUACAUUUAUCCUUUGCAUUUAUGCGCCGAGCCUGGAGAUCAGGUGAAGAUGCAGAACUGUGCACAGAACUUUUGCGAGAAUCUCUAGAAGCAUUACAAGAUCUCCCUGAGGCCACUCUUUUUGAGGGACAGUCAAUUUCUCCGGUCUGGCUGGAAGUUGUCGAAAGAUCUGCAACUUUUCUCCGAGAGGUUGUUUCGGGUGAUUUUGUUGGAUCGGUGUCUCAAAACGACGAGAGACUCUCCCUGAGUUUGUUGCUCGAGUUGAGCGUCCAGCAGGGCACACUGGGACAAAUGCUGAAUUCCGUUCUGCUGUUGCUUCAGCUCGAAUACAAAAACCAAUCCUUGCCAGACAACAGGUGUUCCGUUUCUAACGAAAACUGCGCGCCUUUGGUUCCGCUACUCAAGAGGCUGGCAAAAAUUCCAACGUCUGCAGCUCAGGUGGAAGUAAUGAGAGGCAUGUUUGAGCCCCGUAAUGCCACUGAAAUUUACUUGGAGGAUUUUGAAAUGCCCGAAGACGAAAGUGAAAGCAUUCCCUUAAGAGAAGCCUCGGUUGUGAUAAUGUCGCACAUGGACCGACUUGCAUUUCCCUACAUUCCACCAUCAAACUUGUCAAAGAUGCCUGGUGGGCUGAGACCAUACCAAGAGGUGAUGUGUCUUGGAUCUCUCGAGUGGGCUGAAUCGUCUCAGUGGUGCGAAGAACCCCACAACUGCAGCGCUCUUGAGGAAAUCGGCGUCUCCCAAAUGGCCUGCUCGGACCAUUCCCUCUUGAUCCUUAGCCUGUCUGGAAAAGUGUACCAAAUGCUCUACGCCUCUCGAACAGAAUGCCCUCGUCUGGUCGAAAGUCUUGCAGAGAAGGAAAUUCUGCAGUUGGCGAGUCAUCCGGACGCCAAGCAUUUCAUGGUCCUCACAACCAAAGGCGAGGUUUACUCUUGGGGCUGUGGUGACGGAGGAAGACUUGGGCACGGAGACACCUUUUCUUUAGAGGAACCAACCUUGAUAGAAACACUUGCUGGUCAUUUUGUGGUGUCGAUAGCUGUCGGCAACACUUACAGUGCUGCUGUUACUUCAUCUGGUGAUUUGUACACAUGGGGUAGAGGAAAUUACGGCAGACUCGGUCACGGCAGUACUGAUGAUGUGACCAAACCAACUCUAGUUCCUGGGCUGAAAGGUCAUCACAUUAUUCAAGUGGCUUGUGGAGGUGGUGACGCACAAACAUUGGCUGUUAGUGACACUGGUUUAGUUUUUUCCUGGGGCGAUGGAGACUAUGGCAAAUUAGGUCGAGGAAGAAAUGAAGGUUCAAAAACGCCCAAACUGAUUGACAGACUGCAGUCUGUGAAUGUCGUUCAAGUUUUUUGCGGGGCUCAGUUCAGUAUUGCUUUGACGACAACGGGUACACUCCAUUCUUGGGGCAAGGGAGAUGGUUACAGACUUGGUCAUGGGUCUGAAGAACACGUCCGUUUUCCAAAGCAAAUUCAAGGAUUGGCAGGAAAGAAAAUUGUUGCUGUGUCGGUUGGCUCGUCGCAUGUUCUUGUGCGAACUGAGGAGGGAGAGGUCCUAGCCUGGGGCCAAAAUGAUCAAAAUCAACUGAGCAGAGCCUCAACCCAACCUUUGAGUGAGCCUACAGUAUUGCCAUUCUUACAGAACAAAAACAUCAUCGGAAUUGCCUGUGGGCCUACUCAGAGCUUUGUUUGGAGUAGUGCAAGCAAGUGGCGAAUCCCUUUGAGAAUUCCAUUUGUGGUAGACGUGUCAGAAAACACAUUUUGCCUUCUGGAGAAGCUCCUGUCCGAAGUGUGGGAUGGACUGGACGGCUCCUCCGAUUGGCCGCCUACCCAGGAAAAUGAGUGCUUGGCAGUGUCAUGCCUCAAUCUGCUCCAUCUUCAGUUCGUCACCAUGAUUUUCCACGGAAUCCCAGAGGCGUCCGUCGGCCUCAGUCCUGGCUCUCGACUCCUUACCAUGAUCAAACAAAGGGUGGUCGCCCUGGCCAGUAACAAAGGCGUGGUCAAAACAGUCCAAAAAACUGCUCAGAGCUUGUUGGAAGCUGGAUGGAGCAUUUUGAUUCCUACUGCUGAUGAACGGGCGAGCACCCUGUCCAACUUAUUGAGGAACAAGGGCGACGGCGACGGUCAGAAGUUCAUGACCGACUUGCUUGUGAGCAGCUUGAUGGCAGACGGUGGUUUGGAAGCGGCACUUGAAGCAGCAAUUAGAGCUGAGAUCACUUUUGCCCUAGAAACAAAUAUCGAGUUUCUUUCUGAAUCGGCGCAAGAAACAAAAAGGGCCAUCAUCAACGAAGGGUCAAUUCCCCUUCUGCAUUUAAUAAAACAACUUCUGAAAACAAUGCUGGGUAGCACGUUGGCCAAAUUAGCUAAUUUGUCCAAUUUCAAGCCAGUCGAAGAGGAAAAAUCGCCCAGUCUAGACUUGCUAAUCAGAUUCCAGCGUUUGUUGAUUUCUCGAUUACUUCCCGGAACUUCAAGAUCGUCAGUGCAAGGCGAGCAAGAAUUGGUUGGCGCCGAAUCUCUGCUGAAAAAGUACAUCAAGUUGCUGCACGUCCACGCUUUGGAAGUGCUUGAAGUGGCCAUCAAGAAUGCGUCCAUCAGCAAAAGGCACUUCAACGCUGUUUCCCACGUGAUCAAAUCGGACGCCAUCAACACCCUGUUCCCCGAACUCAUCCUCAGUCUCAUUCUCUUAGAGACGCAAGCGCCUUCGAGCUCACUGCACCAAGUUGAUUGGUUCUCACCCUUAAGGUCCCUUCUCGAGCCCUUAAACAAAUUCAACCGACUCUCACCUUGGCACGAAAAAGAGGACGUCGAAGAUUUGGCCUGGCCUGGAAUCAUCGUUCCGCCAAAUUCGCCAGCCUCCAAGAAGAAAGGCGACGAUUUGAUGCUGAUCAGAAAGGCGGAUAUUGAGAACCACAACCGAGAUGGUGGACUGUGGAUCAUCAUCAACAACAAGGUUUAUGACGUGCAGGAUUUUACUGCCCAAGCUCCGUGCGGAGAGGAGCUUUUGAAAAAAUUCAGCGGAUGCGACGCGAGCAAGGAGUUUGAAGACGCCUGUCACUCUGCUGCGGCCAAACAAAAAAUGGCCAACUUCCUUGUUGGCAGCUACCUGGACCCUGACCAGCAAAUCGUUCCCCUGAACGACCAAGUCGUAAUCAUGACCAGUUUGCUCGAAACCGAGCGAAUGCUUGCUUUCCUCCUGGGCAUUCACGCGCGCAGCCUCACUUGGGGGCCGCCACUGCAGCAGCCAGAAAAGGAAAUUUCGCAGUGGUGCAACGCCGCCUUUCUGCAAGGAGGACUCCUGGACCUUCUGCCCGGCAAUCCCUACGAAGAGGAAAAGGGUGAUGCGAGGAGCACCACUUCCAACACACCAACCGGCUCCACCCCGACGAAAAUUAAAACACCAAUAUCAGACUCUUCACAAAUCGACAGAGGUCAAAUGCUUUUACAGGGUCUGAUUGAUAAUAAAAUUAAUGAGGAGCCUCUCAUUGGAGCAUUUUUGAACAUACUGGAGCGUCACAACCGUACACCAUCGUUACCUAGUGGCCUUGAUCACCCUGUUGAGGAAUGUGGCCGGUUUCUCUUGGCCGUCCUUCUCCGUCACCAAAGUCUAGAACAAAUGGCCGCAACGGUGGCUCAGCUCGAAUGUGACGGCUGCCCUUCAAUUCGCAUCCCACGACCUCUGCUUGAAAACAUGUCCCAAGUGCAGAAAAUGAAAUUGAAACUGAUCAAAGCCAGACAGAUACAAAAUCGAUCGUACAAAGAAAUCUGCCAGCCGGUCAUCGAGCGGUGCAGAUUUCUCUUUUACGAAGUUCGGCCGGCAUUCAGUCCUGAGGUGACUGCCCUUCAUUCAUUGCAACUCAUCCGCACAGAGUCUCGCUGGAAGAGGCUCAGCAGAGAUUUGAAGAAUCUCAUUUUGCCGCCGUGCAAGCCUGAGGACAUUCUCAAUGCCAGCAUCCAAAGUCAGGAAGCUUUGCUGGCUGCUGAGGAGGCACUGAAUUCAAGACAGCCAGUGCCAGGCUGCUCGAGUCAGGAGGAUGGUGAAAUUCCUGAGAGGCGAGUUUCCAAGGAGGAGCAUGAAAAUACUAAAGAACUUGUUGUGCCCAACACUAAAAUUGAGAAGGAUCUUACCAACGAAGAUCUGAGUGACGAAAUGAAAUUGCAGGAACAGGGAAACCGAAAGCAAAAAAGGAAAUUCAAACCAAGGAGAAGUUCAGACCUAUCAAGAUCUUUUACUUCAGACACUCCCUCUAAGGAUUAUUCCUCAAUGGCCGCUUCCAUUGUAAAGUUUGUAACCCAAGAAGAUGUGGACGUUGACAUUUUGAGGAAAGCUCUCUACAGCCAAGUUGAAAGGGCCAAGAGUCGCCAGAAAGGCCUGGAGCUUGGCCUAGCUCUUUUGACGCAGGAUUGGCUUUUGCCGUCAGUUCGAUACAGCCUGAUAAACGCUUGGCUCGGACUGCCACUGGACAUCAAACACCCUGGGGACAUGUUCUCCAACUGCCUGUCAAACAUAGAACUAGUCAUGCCAUACACUAAGGCGCAAGUGCUGCUUCAGCAUGCCCAAUUGAUGCAGUGGGCGGCCAAUUCUCUCAGGGAGAGGGUCAUCUGGGCCGAGCCGAUGGGGCGCAGCAGCCGAGGCCUCAGGGGCAAGGGCUGCCUGAACCGAGGCACUCAAGGUUGGCUCGGAAAAUUGCCUUGGGCGAGAUUUUUGCUGAGCACAAUCUGCAUGUUGACUGGAGACCACUUUGGCAACGAACUGAAUUUACUAAUCAACUCAGGGGUGCUGGCACUCCUGCAAACAUUGCUUAGGCAAAUCGGACCAGAAAUCAAUUCUGGGCAUGAUGACAAAUUUAGUGAAGUUCUAGCCAUUUUUAAGGACAAUGUGAUCAAAACCCGUCCUCCCUGCAUGCCCCUGAGCAAUGCCGAGUUAGCUGCCAUGCUCAAACCGGGCACCAGGGUAGUCAGAGGGAUGCAUUGGAAGUGGGGUGACCAGGAUGGACCUCCUCCUGGGGAAGGUCAGGUUGUUGGCGAGCUUGGUGAGGAUGGAUGGGUCAGAGUCCAGUGGGACAAUGGAGCCACCAACUCAUACAGGAUGGGAAAGGAGGGCAAAUACGAUCUGAAACUUGCAGAACCACCUCAUAUAUCCGAGUCUGAAGCGGAAUCGGAAUCUUCUUUAGACGACGUGGCGUCUCCGGUUCAAGUGAUAUCCAGCAGCAAAGUCUAUCCUCACCCCACACUGCUGCUGCGGCACGCAAGUGUGUCACUUUUGAGAAACUUGUCUAUCUGCUGUGGUAUUCAAGCUGACGAAAUGCAGCCGUCGUGUAUUCGGAUAUUCACGUCGUUGCUCAGAGAACUUGUCAAAUCUGGAAAUGAAUCUUUAGAAGACUUGCAGAGAUCUGAAAUCAAAGUGAUUGCCAAAGUUCAUCAUUCAGAGUGGGCAACGCUUGGAUUCAUCAGAGCUUUGUGCAGCUCAAGGAAUAUGACUAAAGCACUGAGCACCCCAAUUUGGGUUGCCAUGCUAAUGUCAAUAGUUCAGGACCAAGAAACGCCAAAUUUGUCAAAACAAAUUUUGGCUCUGCGGCUUUUAAAAACAGUGCUGACAGAAUUCAAGGACAAGAAUCCUUCAGAGAGUGCCGAUUUUUUAAAGAAAAUGUCACAUCUUUUGGGAGAAUGUUUAAUUAUGUGCUCCAAAGACCCAACUUUGAAUUCAUCAGUGGCAGGUCGAGUGUGCCUCACCGCGUCCUACACAAGCACUGUUGCCGAAGAGUGCAUUUUACUCAUGAGGAGUCUUCACGCAAUACCGAGUUGGACUCGAGACAUCAACAACUACUUGACAGAAGGAAUCAAUGCCUCUUCCAAUCUUCUCAUUCACACAGGAAUGCUGAGCCCUCUUGGAACAGGAGACAAUGGCACAAAGCAUGCCGCCUCUGUUUCUGCUCUCAGCAUAAUCGGCGGUAUAGACUCCAGACCCCGUCUUGGAGGAACUAUUCAAAUUGAGGGUGGUCUCGGCACAAUUUUCAACAUCAACAAAGGCAAACUGAACGUCCAGCUGCACGAUGCGUCAGGAAUGAGGCAGAAAAUACCUCUGAUGAACAUCCAAUCCAAUCAUAUUCUGAAAUUCCAUCUCGAGAAAUAUGAAAUGAACGAUUUUAACACUGAGGCGUGGGCCACGCUCUUGUCUUAUUCCUUGCAAGAUUACAAGACGGAAUCUGAAUCUGGUCACAUUCGAGCCCAUCUACUUCAAGAGCAGCAAGUUCGAAUGCAUUCCCUCAUAGCAUUUCGGCAACUUUGCCGAAGCCAGGCCUACCUUAGAAACAUUCUGCGCCGUCCUGCUUUACAUUGGCUCACACCCACUGAGAAAGACGAGCCCAACGAGCCGUCCAGUCCAGUUGCUCAAGAACAGGGUCUUUUGAUCCAAAGACUUUUAGCCAAAGCGACUCAGCCGGCCUUGAUCAAAUCUUGCUACUCUAAAGAGGAACUUGAGUCGGCGGCUUUGAAUCUGUUACAAAUUCUGUCCUUCGAACUGCACUCCAGUGAGGCGCCGUGCGUGGCAGGUGCACAUUUGUAUCCGCCAACGCCCACAGCAAGUGAGGUUCAAACCCCCGUUAGUGAGCCGUCGUUCCCCAUCCCAAGUCACGUCAAGAAAAAUCCAACCCCCCUUGUAUCUCAGCUCAUGGACAUGGGUUUUGCUAGGAAGCAAGUAGAAUACGCUAUCAGAAUGCUUGAAACCGUAAGUGACGUUGAGCCGAGUCCUGAGAAAAUUGUAGGCUGGAUUCUGCAGCAUCAAGAUGAUUUGAUUUCUGAUACUGAUUCUCCUACAUCCUCAAUUGAAGGAGUUUUAUCUGCCACUGACUCGGCAUCAGAAGAGCCAGACGGUGCCUGGGGUGGUCCCUCCCAAUCUCUCUCAAAACAACCAGAGAAACCAAAAGUCAAUUUAUUCAGAAAAAGAGCUGACUACGCUUCCAAGCAGCAAUAUGCUUUGUAUGUUCAGAGAUUUGUCACUCCGGGAAUUUAUGUCAAAUGCUGCCGGCCAACGGACGCCAUCAUGGUGGGCAGUGUGGGAAAAGUCUUGGGAAUGGAGUUUGGCAGAUCUAAUGAUUUGACUCUGGAGGUGGAGUGGCAAGACGAGGGAAUGGUUCAUUGGAUAAAUGUCGUGAAUGUGGACUUGAUGGGCUUUUCGCCGAAUAACGCUGAAGGCCCUCUCCAAAUUGGAGACAAAGUGAGGCUGAGGCCAACAGUUGCUACCCCUCUGUACGGUUGGGGCUUCAUUUCUCGCAGCUGCGUCGGGGUCCUUCACCGAAUAAAUCGAACAAUUGGCCAGCCCCACUUUGCCAAAGUUGAGUUCCCGCAACAAAGCAACUGGACGGGCCAGUUGAGUGAGCUGGAGGUUGUCUGCAACCGGCACACUGGCAUCGAGUGCUCCGGCUGCGGAGUGAACCCAAUAAUUGGCACCCGUUUUAAAUGCAAAACCUGUAUUAGUUUUAACUAUUGUGAAGAGUGUUUCUGCACGCUACGAGUUCACAGACAUUACUUCAACAGUAUUGCUGAGGAGGGUGGAGCUUCGAUAUUUGUCGGUCGAGCAGGCAGACGAAGAAAAAUGUCCCUCCCAGGUUCACCUGGUUCUCUAAUUUUGGAUUUCAAUCAUUGCGUCAAGCGUCUUUCUGUUUCCUCAAAAGUGAGCUGGAUGGCUCUUGGCAUUCCAGAGCCAUGUCCAAAUUAUUGGCAGAGCCAGUCUGUUCAGAAGAAGCAUUGGAUUCGGCUCGAAAUGCACCCUCAGGUGGGGAUUCAAAGUCUUAGGAUUGUCGUCGACCCUGAAGAUGGAAAGUUCAUGCCAUCUCUUGUAGUUGUCAGUGUUGGAGAGAGUUUUGACAAUAUGAAAGAAGUUUCAACGGUCAAAGUCAGAAACACAGACACUGUUGUCAAACUGCUUUCGGACUUGAAAGAGUUCCACGAGUGCAUUGAAAUAGCAAUAAAAGAAUGCAGAGCGGGCAACAGCAACGGCCGCGUACAUGGUUUGCACAUAAUUGGAAAGCGAAUAGGUCAAGAUGAUCACAUUGACACAGCCUGGUCAUACUUAAACUCGGACACUGAAGAACAAGAGGAGGUUGUGUCCUACCCUCAAGUUUCUAACUUGAUGCGCUCGGAUGAUCAUUUGAAAGUAUUUGUUUGGGGCCUCAAUGACAAGGACCAACUAGGCAACAUAAGAGGCUCCAAGAUCAAAAUGCCAGUCACCUCGGAACACCUGAGUUUGCUUAAGCCAACCUGCAUUGCUGGUGGUUCAAAGUCCCUGUUCAUUGUUUCAAAUGAGGGAAAGCUUUACGCCUGCGGAGAGGGAGCAAACGGCCGCUUAGGUCUCGGGCACAACAACAAUGUUUCCGUUCCUCGACAAAUGAUGGCCCUCUCUUUUUACGUUGUGAAGAAAGUGGCUGUUCAUUCGGGAGGAAAACACGCUAUGGCCCUAACCCUGGAUGGAAAAGUUUUCUCGUGGGGUGAGGGUGAAGACGGAAAGUUGGGCCAUGGAAAUAGGCUUUCCUACGACAAACCUAAAAUGAUUGAAGUUCUGCGGUCAAAAAGGAUCAGAGACAUUGCUUGCGGCAGCUCUCACAGUGCAGCCAUAACUUCAAAUGGUGAACUCUACACUUGGGGCUCUGGCGAGUACGGCAGACUAGGCCAUGGCGAUUUUGAAACUCAGCUCCGUCCCAAACAGGUGAAAGCUUUGGCUGGCAAAAUAGUUGUGCAAGUGGCUUGUGGGAGCAGAGAUGCGCAAACUUUGGCAUUGACUGACUCGGGAAUGGUGUACUCGUGGGGUGAUGGCGACUUUGGAAAGCUGGGCAGAGGCGGAAGUGAAGGGUGCAGUUUGCCUCAAAACAUUGAACGUCUCAAUGGCUGCAAUGUGAACCAAAUAGAGUGCGGUGCCCAAUUCUCCGUUGCAUUGACAAAAUCGGGACAGGUUUGGACUUGGGGCAAGGGAGAUUAUUACAGACUCGGGCAUGGAAAUGACCAGCACAUUCGAAAACCAGCCAUCGUCGAAGGGCUGCGAGCAAAAAAGGUCAUUCAUGUGGCAGUGGGUGCCCUGCACUGUCUAGCUGUCACAGAUCAAGGACAAGUUUUUGCGUGGGGAGACAAUGAUCACGGCCAGCAAGGCAACAACACAACCAUCGUCAAUAGAAAACCUGUCUUGGUUCAAGGUUUAGAAGGUCACAGGAUUAAUCGAGUUGCCUGCGGCUCUUCGCAUUCCGUGGCCUGGUAUGUUCCUGAUCCGAGGGUGUCAAAACAGCAUGAGCCUGUCACAUUUCUGAGUGAAAAAGAUCCUCUUGGAGCAACUGCACUAGGAGCUGAUGAAGUUGUUCCUCCAAGCCAGCCAAAUACUGAAGCAACUACGUCCUUGUGUAAGAAAGCUGCUUCCAAUCUUCCGCAAUCGAGCCACAACUCUCUCAUCAACGUCGUCCUGAACCUCGACAAUUCCGGAGCAAAACAACAAGCCCUCGAGCACAUUCUGCAAACUUUGCAGGUCAUGUUUGCCAGAGAGGCUGUUGUUGUUGCUCUUCGUGGACAUGCAAUGCUAGACAGCAAAAAUGGACGCAUUAUUCUGAGUGACCAGCUGCAGUCGAAUUCCUCCGAGGGAAACACCCCCCUCGAUCCGGCCGCACAACCACCCCCCACACAAGACCCACCUCUGGAAAUUGCCCAAGGUGGCGGAGAAGCUUUGGCAGACAAUGGAGGCACCAUGACCCCGCACACAGACAGUGAACUCGAGAGUCCCACUGAAAGCCAUUUUCCUGCCAUGACCAGCUCAGGAAGUCUUUCGUCGAGAGCGUCGAAAAUGUCGGCCAGCGCCAUGAGCGUGAUUGCGGCCACCAUGACCACAAAUGUUCAACUGGUUGGCUUACCGACUGACCAAGAUCAAAAUCAAGUAGCCUUGGACGAUUUUACUGCAAUUCUGAGUGAGGAGGAUGCAAGGAGUUUAGUCGAUUUGCUAAAAUUGGCUGUGGCAGGACGAGCAGGCCCUUGUGCUCAGGAAACAAUUUCUUCGGUUCUGAGAGCUAUGGGAAAAACAUACUCAAGUAUUGCUGACAUGCUGCUUGAGCUCUCAGUCACCGAACUGGAAGACAUUGCGAUGUGCACUGAUUUCAUCAAAAGAAGCGACCCAAAGCCUAUUGUUCAAGAAUCAAGCCAUCCAUACACUGACGACGUCAACCUAUUUGGCCAUGUCAAAAUUCAAGGCGCUGAGUUCCUGCGACUUGAAUUUGACCGGCGCUGCUCGACUGAAAAGAGACACGAUCCUCUAACAAUCAUGGAUUCAUCUGGAAGGACAAUCAGUGUUCGUUCUGGACGAGAGUGGAGCGACUGGUCUGCAGAGCUGAGAGUGUCAGGGGAUGAGCUGAUGUGGAAGUUCUACAGUGAUGGAUCUGUGAAUGGCUGGGGUUGGAGAUUCACAGUGUACCCAAUAAUGCCCAAAUCAACAGCCAUCGAGCUUCUCUCUGAUAGGGCAAUUUUGUCGAAACCAUCAGUCGAGCCUGUUCGUUGCAUUCUAAGCCAGAGGGUUGGAUGUUACGCUGAAAAGAAACUGGUUUCAAGACUUGCCUCGGCACUGGCAGCUUGCGCAGAAUUAAGCUCUCUUGGCACUUCACAAAGAAUGUGGGCGCUUCAGUGUUUGCAUUCAUUGAUUACGGCAACAGGGGUGCCACCGAGUGGAAUAAAUCCCGGGCAGCAAGUGGACCCUGCUUUUGUUUUCCUGGUUCAAAGCUUCCCAGCUGCUAUUUUGAUGCAAUUCGAGUACGAAGACCCGAUUAUCAAGACUGGCAAACACCUCACUCAUAGCGCCUUCUUCAAGGUGAUGUUGGGACUUGCCUGUGCUGUGAAUUUGGACAGACUCCCGUGCUGCCGAGAAUAUCGUUGGCAGUGGUUUGGUAGGUACUGCCUUGCAGCCAGGGUGUCUAGUGCCCUCAUCGGAAGGUAUCAGCUGCCUCAGUCAUUCAGGGAGGAGGUGCAAAAGAAAAUCAAGGAAAUCAGUGGCGAAGCAGAUGAAAUCAACCUUGACUACGAAAAACCUGAAAUUUUCUCACAAGCAGCUGACGAACAACUGCUCAAGUGGCUCAACAGAAAACCAGACGAGUGGACUUUGUCGUGGAACUCGAGUGGAAUCAUUUACGGCUGGGGCCACAAUCACAGAGGACAGCUAGGUGGUGUGGAGGGAGCAAAGGUCAAGCUGCCAUCUGUCUGUGAAAGCCUCUCCUCCCUGAACCCUAUUCAAAUCUCUGGUGGAGAGCAGACUUUGUUUGCUGUAACAGCCGAAGGACAUGUUUAUGCAACUGGCUACGGUGCUGGUGGUCGACUUGGCACUGGAAGUACAGACAGCGUCACUGCUCCUGUAUUGAUUGAAUCGCUUCAGCAUAUUUGUAUUAAAAAGGUGGCUGUCAACUCUGGAGGAAAACAUUGUUUGGCCCUAACUGAUAAUGGAGAGGUGUAUUCUUGGGGAGAAGGAGACGACGGAAAGCUGGGGCACGGAAACAAAAAUACUAGUGAGCGGCCGAAACUUAUCGAAAGCCUACUAGGAAAGGAAGUGGUCAAUAUAGCUUGUGGUGGAGCCCACAGUGCAGCCAUAACUUCCUCAGGAGAAAUUUAUACCUGGGGCAAAGGAAGAUACGGAAGAUUAGGCCAUGGUGAUUCUGAAGAUCAACUUAGACCAAAGAAAGUGAAAGCACUGGAGGGCCUUAAUGUCCUUGACGUUGCUUGCGGAAGUGGCGAUGCUCAAACCCUGUGCAUCACUGACGAUGACAACGUCUGGUCAUGGGGCGACGGUGACUACGGCAAACUGGGCCGAGGAGGCAGCGACGGAUGCAAAGUGCCUAUGAAAAUCGAAUCCCUGGCAGGACUGGGCGUAAUCAAGGUGGAGUGCGGUUCGCAGUUUUCAGUGGCCCUGACCAGGUCAGGCAGUGUUUACACCUGGGGCAAGGGUGACUAUCACAGACUUGGGCACGGCACCGACGAUCAUGUGCGGCGGCCCAGAAAGGUGGCUGCCCUGCAGGGGAAGAAGGUCAUCAGUAUCGCCACAGGUUCUCUGCACUGUGUGGCGUGUACAGAUCAGGGUCAGGUAUUCACCUGGGGAGACAAUGACGAAGGUCAGCUCGGGGACGGUUCCACGACUGCCAUUCAGAGACCUCGACAGGUCAUCGCUCUGCAGGGGAAGAACAUUAACAGGGUUGCUUGUGGUUCGGCCCACACGGUGGCCUGGAGCACAAGCAAGGCCGUGUCCUCUGGGAAAAUUCCGGCCGUCGUUCCGAUGGAGUACGAUCUGAUAAAAGAUGUGCCCAUGGUCACUCUGCGCAACAGAUUGAUGCUUCUGCACCACUUCUCGGAGCUAAUUUGUCCUCUGGUCGCCAUGUUUCCUUUGGGCGAGCUGCCGAUCAACUCGCAAGCAUCACGACUGGACCAACUUAGAGGAGUUUUGGUUUACUCAGCCAAGGAGGCAACCUUUAGAAAGGUUGUCCAAGCAACAAUGGUGAGGGACAAGCAACAUGGGCCUGUUAUCGAGCUGAACAGAAUUCAAGUAAAACGGGCGAGAGGAAAAUUCGGGCUGGCUGGACCCGACGGAACAAAGUCUGUCUUUGGACAACUUGUUGCCAGGAUGAGUUUGCUCACUCAAGAGUCACUAUUUUUACCACACAGAGUUUGGAAGGUCAAGUUUGUAGGAGAAAGUGUGGAUGAUUGCGGCGGUGGUUAUUCUGAGAGCAUUGCAGAAAUGUGUGACGAGUUGCAAAACGGUUCUCUGCCUCUUCUCAUUUGCACUCCGAAUGGACGAGAGGAAAAUGGCACCAACAGGGACUGCUUCAUCCUUAAUCCUGCUGCCAGAAGUACUUUGCACCUUCAAAUGUUCAACUUUCUGGGUGUUCUCAUGGGGAUUGCCGUACGAACGGGAAGUCCUUUGAGCUUGGUCUUGGCUGAACCGGUUUGGAAGCAACUGGCAGGACAAGAGUUGACACCAGCCGAUUUAACAGAACUGGAUCGAGAUUAUGUUCCAGGCCUAAUGUGUAUUCGGGACAUGGAGGACAAGGCCUUGCAGGCGCUGGACAUGCCUUUCUCCACAGCCAGCACCACAGGAGAAGAAAUUUUGCUCUCGUCAAUUUACAGAAAAAUCAACACAGAAAACAGACAAGAAUACGUCAGGCUUGCCCUGAACUACAGACUUCACGAAUUUGAUCAACAAGUUCGAGCUGUGCGCCAAGGAAUGGCUAGAGUGAUACCAGUGCCGUUGUUGACCCUUUUCAGUGGCUACGAACUGGAAACCAUGGUUUGUGGCUCACCCGACAUUCCGUUGCCUCUGCUUAAAUCCGUCGCAACUUAUAAAGGAAUAGAUGCGAGUGCUCCGUUAAUUGCAUGGUUUUGGGAGGUCUUGGAGGAGUUCACAAAUGAGGAGAGGUCUCUGUUCCUGCGCUUUGUGUGGGGGAGGACCCGACUGCCCAGGACCAUUGCUGAUUUCAGAGGGAGAGACUUUGUCAUUCAAGUUUUGGACAAAUUCAACCCUCCUGACCAUUACAUGCCUGAAAGCUACACCUGCUUCUUUUUGCUUAAGCUGCCUAGAUGAUAUUCUUGCAAGAUGGUAUUGAAAGAAAAACUGAAGUACGCCAUCCACUUCUGCAAGUCGAUUGAUACAGAUGAGUAUGCCAGGGUCGCAAUGACAGGCAGCUUAACUGAGGAGGAAGGCGCGGCUGUGCUGCCGGAAGACUUUGUCGGCGGCCACGGUGACGGCCUGAGCAGCGACAGUGAUCAGGUGGAGAGUUUCGAAAGUGAUCUUGGAAUUGAACCUGCUUCGAGCAAUUAACUAGUCCGUUUAAUUUUAUCAAGACGAAAUGUUGAUAUUUAUUUUUCACUAUUGAUUCUGCAAUCUCAUAUAUAUUUAUCCUAAUACGGCCGCACCAAAAUCACUGAUCAUAUAGAGAGAGAUUAUGAUGUAUGUUUGGCCUCGGAUAAUUUUUCGCUUCUCACACAAGCAACCACAGACAUCUCUUUUAAUUAUUGCCAAUGUUUUACAAAGAAAACUUAAUAUUUGUAAGCCGACUUAAAAUAAAAUAACAAUUUAAAC